CGUACGUGGACAGCUCCAGUAGCAUUCCCGCCUUAAAUCACCUUCUUCUUCCUCUACCGGAAACCCUAAUUAUUCUCUCCGCUUCCUCUCCCCGCAGAAACAGCAACGCUUCUAUGGAAUACGGUGAUCUCGCGCUCGCCUCCUGUUCAGGUAUGAGUAGGCAACUGAAAUCGGACGAUUCUAUCGACAAUGAGAAGACUGUGGUGGAUAAUCGAAUCCCUACGCAGACGGAGAAAGAGAAGAAAUUUCUGAGAUCUACAGCUGAGUGGCUCAUCCGUACUGCUCGUGUACCUCCUCAUUCCUUUGUGGAUCGCAUGGGCCCGGUCUUGCCUUUCGAUGAUUCUCUACAGUCUCUACUCGAGGGAGAGAUUCUUAAGAUUCACGAAGAACGCAAAGACAAGGCCAAGAAAUUCCUCAAGGAUUUCGAUGGCAAGUUGACAAUCUCUUAUGAUCGGGUCGCUUAUGAUGAUGAGUGGCUGGCUUAUGAUGAGGAAUAUGAUGACAGUUAUUCCAAAGAUGGCCCUGUUUUGCACAAGGCUUUCGUCAAUUUAAGUGUCCAUUUCGUUGAUCGUAACUGGAAUGUCAGGAAAUGGAUCUUGCGGUACUCUCCUAUCGAGUUUGAACGCGUGGAAAAAGUUGAGGUUAAAAAGUUUAAGAAAGUUAUUCUGGAUUAUGAGAUUGAGGACAAGGUCUCUACUAUUGUAGUGCCUAACCACGGUGAUAAACGCUUUGAUGCUCUCAGAAAGUGGAUAGAAAAGAAGGGAGAAAAUCCGAUCGACCCUUGCUUCUUCCGCAUCUGUUGCUGCUCUGAUCUCUUCAGGUUAAUGGCUGGUGAUUUGUUUGACGACAUGGACUUGCUGCUAGAGGAUAUCCGAGUCUUGGUUGGCUGGGGAAAGAUGUCAUCAACCAACUGGAACGUCACUUUGUGUAGUCUUCAAGAAGCUCUAGAUAUGGAAGAUAAGAAAGUAUUUGAAGAGGAUGAGUAUUACCAGGACUUUGACCAACCAUCUGAAGAAGAAUGGAUGAUGGUUCGAACUUUCUGCAAACUCGCUGGUUGCAUCUACAAAGUGGCAAAGGAGCUUUUCGAAGGAGGGUAUUCGACAUCUAACGUCUACUUCCAUCUUCUUGCGGAGCUAAAGGGAAUGUUGAACCAAGAGCUAAUGAGUGCUGAUGAUGAUUACUUCCUCUGCAAAGCUAAGAAGAUAUUGGAGAGGUUUGAUAAGUACUGAAAUGAUAUGUUCCUGGUUUUGGCAACUGCUUCUGUGUUAGACCCUCGGUUCAAGGUGAAAUACGUUGAGUUUUACUGCUCAAAGAAGAUUGACAAUGACGAAGCCCCAAAAGCUGAAACUGUUUUGGACUAUUUACGCAAUCUAUAUGCUCAGUAUGCAGCUAGCGAUACUUGUACACAAACAGAAUGCAUGAAUGCUACAGUUGAUUCACUUUCCUAUACCGCAGAGGAAGAUGAAGAAAGUGAUAAAGAAUAUGAAGAAGAAGAAGGUGGAGUAGAAGAACAGAAGGACGAGGAAGAGAAAAAACAUGAUACAUACAAGGAUUUUGUUUUGUUUCAGGAAUUUCUCAAGUUUGAAGGAUCUUCUAGAGAUUUUGAUGAAUCAGAACUCGGUUCCUAUCUCAAAGAGCCAGUUAUGGAGUGGAACAAAGACUUCAAAGCAUUGCAAUGGUGGAGAGAAAAGAGCCCACAGUAUCCAAUCCUCUCCCGAAUAGCUCGUGACAUUCUCUCCAUACCAAUCUCUCGUGCCACAUCGUAUGACGCUUAUGUUGCUGACCAAAGAGAGUGUCCUGAAUUUGUUGUCACCAUGAAAGCCAAAGUUGUGAACGCCAUGAUGUGCAGCAAACGCUGGUCACGACUUUGAUUUGGCAAAUGUAAGUCGUAACAACAAAAAAUGCUUUGGCCUUAGUAGGAUCAUAUUUCUGUUUCUUUUUUUUUUUGUAUUUUUCUUAUCAUUCAGUCUGUUUUCCAUUUCGACAAUAGUGACAUUGGGAACUUGUGAUUGUUCACAAUUUCAAAUUAGUAUUUUCGACAUUUGAUAUUUUUAGGGA